AUGCAGGCAAAAAAGCCAAAAUUGAAUCGAGAAAUUAAAGAGUAACAUGAUGAGUAUUAAACUCGAUAAUAAUAGAAAUUUGAAGUAGAAAAAUCAAACAUAUGUUAGCAAUUCAAGAAAAGAAAAAAUAAUGAGAACAAUAAAACAACAUGA